UGAGGGCCUCAGAUCAGGAACUUUAUCUGGCCAGAAAUUGCCUCGGCACGCCGGCGUUGUCGUGCGCGCGUGUGGCCAAGUGGGGAGCGUGGCACAAUCCCUGUGCUGGCACCCACACACGCCAGGAAUUAAUGCACURUCCCUGGAAGAACCAUGGCUGGAUUCUACGGGUGCCUGAAAAGUAAAAAUGACUAUAUAAUGGCUACGGGACCCACAGAGGUCACACUGUCACCUGGAACUGGAGACACAGUUGAAGAGUGCACAGGAAAGAAAAAAUCCAAAUUUCAGACUUUCAAGAACUUCUUUGCCAAGAAGAAAAGGAAAGAGCCUCCAGCUCCCAGGGGAGAGAGUAAUUUAAAACCUUGCCAGUCCAGCAGUGAUGUCAGCAUUGCUGUGCUCGACACCAGUGCACUUCAUUCACCGAAGGAGGCUGGGCCCAAGGGUAACAUGGGAAACAAAGCCUUGUCCCAUGACAGCGUUUUCAUUUCUGAGUCUGCACCAGGGAAUGUGGCAGGUGAUGUGUUGUCUCAGGAGAACCUACCAGGAAGAGUGAAAACUUUGCAGCUUCAGCUGCAGCAGAACAUCAGACUUGGAUCACCUCCUCUUGUUAUAACUGGGAAAAAACUGGAAGAUGCAGGUGCYGUUUCUGAAGAUGAUGGUUUACCUAGGAGCCCUCCUGAAAUUUCAACCCUUCAUGAAGUUCUGACAGAUUCACCAAACAAGUCCUCCAACCCUGUUCAGCGUCAUAGCUCUUUGAGUUUAGGCGGGACAGACAGUGAAGAUGAACAGAUACCUUCUGGAGCUUCCUCCAGGCCCAUCAGUCCCUCAUCCUGCGCUGCUCUGGGGACCCCCAUCUCCCGGGGCAGCAGUUUCCUUCCCGUGGAUUUCAGCAGCCCUGCCAGUCCCCUGGGCUGCCUGGACACCUCUGCAGCCAGGCACAGGAUUGCCAUCAACCCUCGCAGACAGAGGGGCUUUACCAACAAACAUCAGCAGUCCCUCCAGGUGGAACAGCUGGAAAAUGAAACUUGUCUUCUUGCAACUCCAGAAAAGAAGGGAAAUUCAACAGAAYUUCUUGAGAGUGACAAACAUAAAAKCGAUUGGGAAGGAUUAUCAGCCCCGGUGGGACCCUGUGCAAAGGGAGCUGGUGCUAAGGAGACCCCAGGUGUACAAACUGCCACUGAAGCUGCCCGUGACUCCUGUGAUUCCCCACUCGUGGCAGGAGAUCCCUGUGCUUUGCUGCAAGAGGACAGGUGCCUUCCUGCUGUGGAGGAUAAAACAACCCCACUGCUGAGGGCUGAGCCUUCUCCAGAGAGCCUGCAGGAGCACCCCAGUGCAGAAGGGUUGAGCUCUGCAGAUGGGAGUGCAGGUGGAUGGAAAGUGCAUCAGCAAAGCUCCAGUGCUGAGGGAGCUGCGCUUCCAGAAGUGCAACAUCUCCAAGGAGAAGCUGCUGGGACUCCAGACACACCAGGAGGUGAUUUGUGCAGCAGAGCUGUGGGAGCAGUGGGCAUGGAUGUGUCGCCAGAUGUUGCACCAAGCUCCUCAGUAAAUUCUGUGGAUCCAGAUAUUAAAGCCCAGGAAAAGGGGGAUGUGCUGUUCACUGGCAAAGAACUCUGCUUUGGUAAUACUGGGAAUCAUUCCAACCAUGCUGCCUCAGAUUCUGCACUGARCACUCCACAGGUUGUGGUAGCUGCUUCAGAGUCUUGUUCUGACUCCAAGACAGUGGCUGUUUUGAAGCCUGAAAACAGUUCAAUAGCAAAAAAUGACAAAGAAACUUGUGAAAYUAUGGAAUUUCAGUCAUCCAAGGGUAGUGUAGRAAAAAARCCAGACACUGCUGCAUCUGUCUCRGAAGCAGUUUCYGUGGUACCUUGCAGCAAAUUGGAARUGUGUUUGAAAGCAGAAACUGUUCCUGUUUCAAAGGGUAACCAAGGCAGUCAACAGGCCAACACAUCAUACAUUUCUGAAAACCUUUCCAUUGGGUGUCUUGCCUCUUCGAGUUUGGCUGGCUUGAAGAGUAAUUUAUCUUCUGACAGUAAGGAGCUCCAGAUAGGCAGUACAGCUCCUCACAGAAAAACAGCAGAAAGCAGCCAGCCAGCAGAGGAAAAUGUGAAAAGUCCACCAAAGUCUGCUUCUGCUAAACCAGUCAGAUUUACCAUUGCACCAGCAUGGCAAAGAUCUCUGUCAGGGGGCUCCAAUUCAAAGGAAGAUUGCUUUUCCAGAAGUUCCCCAACAUCCCCUAUWAGACCAGAGUUCUUUGAAGGAAUGACRAAAGAACACACGCGUUCUGAUGCAGUUAUCCAGGAAUCAGCAAAAACCAACUCAGACAGGUUCGAUCGAGAUUGUAAGGACAGAGAUCUGCAUUUGAAUUCUUUUAUGGAGUGGGCUGACCAUGAAACACAAAACUGUGAGAACCCCUUUGGGGUCARACUAAGGAGAACAUCAUCUUUACUAAAAUACCAGAAUGAAAGCCGUGUAGAGCCUCCAAAACCAAUCCCCUCAGCUGUUCCCAUUUCUUCUUCUGCUUCAGUCAAGGAGGAUCAGAAAUUGGUGGGCACUGGGAAGCCACCUACAAGCCUUCCUGUCAGCACAAAAUCAGUUGUUAAAAAAACAGAUCUCCUAGAAGACAAAAAUCCUCCCAAGGCAAGAUCAGAGGAAAUGGCCAAGAAGCAAAAUGGUCAUAAACCUUCAGAAAAAGUCUCUCCAUAUUUGGAAACUGCUUGCUCUGAACCAGCUUGGGUCUCCAUGGCAAAGCUGAAACAAAAGGGUUUCCAGGAGCACCCUCUUGCCAAAGAACAAAAAGAUGAAGACAGAGCUUUGACCAAGGUGGAUCGAGAGGAGCAAGAGAUCUGUGCUGGAGAGAACUCGCUGAAGAGGACGACRCCUUCCAGCUCUCAGGACAAGAAAACACAAACGAGGACCAGCGUGUCUGCAGCAGCAGGUAAAGCUGGACCCCUGUCUCAGGAAGCAUCUGUGGUUCCCGCUGUGGAGAAGGAAGUGAAGCUCUCUCCUACCCUGCCAAUGACACCCUGCAGUCCUGCUGAACCRCCCUGGCUGUCCCUGGCCAAGAAGAAAGCCAAAGCAUGGAGUGAAAUGCCCCAGAUUGUACAAUAGCAAAUGACACGAGCAUCYUUCUGUGCAUUGCCAAUAGCUGUGUUAACUCCAUUUAAUCCCUUCUUUACUGUGACCAUUUUUUUUGGAGAAAAAAGAGCCUUAAAUCCUUUGAUCAGACUGUUGUAUGUAAAUAGACAAUGAAGAAAUGCCACWGUGGGCUUAAUUUGAUGUAUUAGGAAGCUGAGCAUUUCCCACUACCAAACACUUGAUUCAUUUUUAUAUGCUUACACUUCUGAUGGUGAUGUUCUAAGAAGACAYGCUUCAGGCUUUUGAAACAUUUCUCUAGCAAAAUACGUUUUUAAAGUUCCUUUCAAAGAAACUUUUCCUUUUAAAAAGACCAYACAGUAUUUUGUGCAGUUUUGGCCUUGAGCUAAGAAAUUAAUGUAUGCUGUAAAACAGAGACAAUGCUGGGCACUGACGCAUCGUGAGUCAUGGGCAUUGAUGUCAUCACACUCCUCUCUCUAAUGCYCUGGGAUGGGCAGCCUGACUUUGCUUCAGGUUGUUAAUGGAUCUGUUUUGUGAUAGCUGUAAGAUCCAAGCACGCUGUGRGCUGGAGGGAUUCUGGCUUUUGUGUGGUGUGAAGCCUCAGUGCUUUGCUCACACCCACUGGCCUGGCCUAGAGCUGCACACCCGUUCUCUCCCAUGCACUGGAAAACCACCACACUGUAACACAGACUCUGCUUUUAGCUAUACUUUUAGAAAUCUGGGGUAAUUUAAACRUUCUACUUAAAACAAAAAUCCCUCCUUUCUUUAAUUAUGACAAACAGUGAUUUUUUUUUUUUUUUUGGGUGAGAUUCCUCAGCCAACUGUCUCUCUUAGAAAGAGUGCAUUGGGGGGAGAAYUCUUUGCUCCUUGAAAGUGGCAUCUUGCUUUUAAGAAAUGCCCCUUUCCAUGUCCAUGAAGAUGUAUAUUUAGUCAAUUGUAUCUAAUAUUUGUCAUAAAAGGGCAUCUGCUUUCCUUGUUGUCUCAUCAGUCUUUAGCCAUUAACUCGACAUCAGACUGAGAAUGUGCAGCUGGGACAGGAUUAUUCUCUCAGGGCCUGGCCUUGCAGUCACUUGAGCUGACAAAAGUUUACUAUUGACUUUAGAGGAUGCAGGCAUUUGAAAAAGAAGCUUUGUGAAAUGAUGUUAGUGGCUUAAGUGACAGUGGCACUUGUUGGUCCUUUCAGUUCUUGCAGCAUUGCAAAUGGAUGUAGUUUUUGUUUACAGUCAGUGCAAAGUUUGAAGGCUGACUUGGCUGAUGGACUCUUUUUAGCUGGAAAGUUGGAAUUUUUAAUGGAAAAUAUUAUCUAUUGAUAGGGUUAACUGCAAACCAAAAAAAUUUGGUUUCAGAUCAGCUCAAGCAAGACUUUAAUCUUCUAGUCAUGGCCUGAAUUUAAUACAAAACUCUUGCAAUUUGAAAACAGUAUUAACUAGGAGCUAGACUGUGAUAUGAWUUUUUUUUAAUAUAGGUGGAAACUUACUUGCCCAUGGAGGCUCAGAAUCUAUAGAUACUAUUUAUUCUGGACUAACACCAGAAAGAGUAGGAAUUUCACAUUGGCUUGGUAAUCAAUGCCUGUUUUGUUACUUGUUUUUCUCUGCUGUAGGAAGCAUAUCUUCUCUUACAAAGAACUGAAACAUUUGUAUUUCUCUGAAUCUUUUGAGUGUAAUGUAAAUGAAUAUACUCAGCUUUGAUUUCUGAAAUUCUGUACAGCUGUCAUCCCACCACAAGCUYACUGACCCUGUGUAAAAUACAGGCCUUUCUACAUUUACCAAACUCUCUUCUCAUUUUGUUCAUGUGGAUUGUGGUUCUUUACCCAAAACACUGCAAAUGAUACUAUAAUCUCUCUUUCUCUGUGUUUCCUUUUGAUUUUAAUAUUGUUCCUGUCUUUUUUGUUUGCUAUGUAUAUAUGUUUUUGUAACCCUUGUCUCAAAGGAACCCCUUUUGUAUUCCAUUCCCAUAUUUGGUUUACUAUUAAACACUGUUGCCCGUGAUGAUGGUAUAAUUUCUGGGGAAGGAGGAGGGAUGGAUGUCCCUCAUUCAUUAAGGAAAAAAUAAAGAGAGGUCUUUGGUCAAUAUUGACUCUCUCCAUGGAUAAA